AUGGUAGCUAAAGAGCGAGUCACGGUUGACAUAGUAGAGUUGGCAGUCGUUGGGGUGUGGACAGCCACCCUUCUUGUCGACUUGGACCUGUGCGUCGAGACAGAGCAGUUCGUUGAGCCAACGUUCGAUGGGGUCGUUGGAAGCGUAACGGAUGGGUUGGAGGAGCUGGAUCUCACGCAAGACACGGCCGGAGACACUGGCCAUGGCGUUGGGGUUGGCGGCCGACGUGCCGCUUUGCUCACGCAGCUGCUUGAUGAGCUUGAGGGAGAGCGAGCGACCGGUGCCUUCGUAGCCGUUGAUGGUCGACGAGAGGAAGACGAGGUAGGGCCCGAGCAGGUUCUUGACGUAGGUGAGGGGGAUGGCGGCAGCCUCAUCGAUGACGACGAGCUCUGCUUGGCCGAGUUUCUGGUAGUCUUGCGGUUGGAUGUACUGGAUAGUCUGACGAUGCGAGCGGAAGAUGUUGACGCGGACUAUAGCAUUGUUGAACUCGGGGUUGGUCGACUUGACCAACUCAUAGUCGACGUGCUCGGUGUACUCCAUGGCGUCGAAUCCCUUAAACACAAACUGGAAGAGUGUGACGAGAUUCUCUGGCGUCGGCGAGCUGACAAAGAUGUUGGAGUAGCCAAACGCGAUGGCGGCCGCGAUCGACAGCCCCAGCGACGCCGACUUGCCACGUCCUCUGCCGGCGGUGAGCGUGACGGUGCUGCGCAGCGUCUUUUCCGAGAUGGCAUCGAUAAAUGUGAGCACGCUCUUGGCCUGGUCGAUCGAGCGACACUUGUCGAUCAGCGGCCCGGCGAUAUCCGUGUCGUGGGUUGA